AGUAGGCUUUCCUCGUUUUGAGCACGCUUUCCUUUUUUAUCUUUUUUUUUGAGUGCACUCACCUUCUCUCUACUAUUUCCCUUCAUUUUUAAUUCUUUCCUUAUGCAUCUCAGCUUGUUGAGUUGAAUAGACCUCCUGUAUCUGAGAACUACGUGCACAUUUUUGAGAUUCUCCUUUUACCUGAUUGAUAGAAAAAGUCCGCAAAUGUUCCAGCUCUUGUCGGAAGGCACCCCAUGAGCUUAACCAGUAGGGUAGGCUUUCUAAUGUUUUGGGUAUUUUCUGUACACUGAUUUCAUCUCCCAGCACAGAUGACCAAGGUUUUUAUGUGCUCAACGCGGUUAUUGAAAAUCUUGGGUAUGAUGUAAUAUCACCUUUUAUGGGCCACAUUUGGGUUUCACUUUUUAAUUGGCUGCAACAGGGCAGAAAAGGGAAGUUUCUGAAGAAUCUUGUGAUAUUUAUGUCUCUUUUCUUGGUCAAGCACGGGUUACAGAAUCUCGUGGUUUCAAUGAAUGCUGUUCCGAAGGGUGUAUUUCAGACCAUUGUGGAGCAAUUUUGGGUGCCUAACCUCAAGCUAAUCACAGGAUCUGUUGAACUCAAGCUGACUUCAGUUGCUUCAACCAAACUAAUAUGUGAAUCUUCAACAUUAUUGGAUUCCAAGGUUCGGGGAAAAAUGCUCAACAGUUUUGUUACUCUUCUCUCUAGACCAGAGGAAGAGAGAGUAUUGGAGGAGCCAGAUGUUCCAGACUUUGGGGAGACUGUGGGUUAUAAUGCUACUUUCGUUCAUCUUUAUAAUGCUGGGAAGAAAGAAGAGGACCCUUUGAAGGAAGUGAAUUAUCCAAAGCAAUAUUUGGUGGCUUCCUUGGCGAAUCUUGCUGCUCUUUCCCCUGGAACAUAUCCACAGCUUAUUAGAGAAAAUCUUGAGGCAGCAAAUCAAGCAGCACUUCUUCAGCUCUGCAGCUCCUAUAAUCUCUCAAUAGUUUGAGAAGAAUCAUGCGGUGGACCUGUGGUCAAGAAGAUCAGUUCGUUGGGUACUCCGAAAUCUGUUUUUUCCCAUCCUUGCACGUCUCUGAUUAUGCUGCUUAUGGAUCUGAUGAAGCAUGUAGCUCUUGUCUAUCUGAUAGCGAACAGUCGAUCUAGUUUGCAGGUCGUCUGUUUCUGUUGUGGAAUUGGCAUUGUGCUUCCAGUUUUCCUUCUUCAAUCUUCCUGUCGACAGUGGCAGUAGGUCUUCUUUUUCUUUUUUGGGGCCGAGCAUUCGGGCCUCUAGCCUCUAUUGCCACAGACAUUUUGGUCAAUGAGUCUUCUUUUUCUUUUUUGGGUGGUGGGUGGGGGGUGGUGGGUGAGUGUCCGAGCAUGCGGUCCUCUUAGUCAUGAUGGGAGUUAGUCAUGGGUUUGCUUCAUUCAGGAUUCGAUAUGUUAAUGUGGUCAAGUAAAAAAGAAUUGGUCAAACGCCUAUAACAUUUGGGAUUGAGCUGUUGUCAUGGUCAUUUUGAUGCCUUGUGCUGUUAAAUUUUGUGCUCAUUGCAUCUUCAAUGGAAUAUAAUAAUUGCUAAA